AUGCAGACCCCGGGACCCGAACAUGACGAUUCUUUUGAUUUCCUGUUUAAGAUCAUCCUGAUUGGAGACUCUAAUGUAGGAAAAACCUGCGUGGUUCAGAAUUUUAAGUCAGGGUUUUUCUCAGAGAAACAGCAGAACACCAUUGGGGUGGAUUUCACUGUACGAACCUUGGAUAUUGAGGGGAAGAAAGUGAAGAUGCAGGUGUGGGACACAGCAGGACAGGAGAGGUUUCGUACCAUCACCCAGAGCUACUACCGCAGUGCUCAUGGCGCCAUGAUCACUUAUGACAUCACACGCCGCUCGACCUUUGACUCGGUGAGCGAGUGGAUCCGAGAGGUGGAGCUCUAUGGAGCAGCCAAUGUGGUGCUGGUUCUCAUAGGUAAUAAAUGUGACUUGGAGAAAGAGCGUGAGGUUCUAUUUGAGGAAUCCUGCAGUUUGGCAAAAGAGAGGGGUAUCCUAGCUGCUCUAGAAACAUCUGCAAAGGAGAGUCAGAAUGUACAAGAAGCCUUCAUGAUGAUGGCGAGGGAGCUGCUGUCUCGUAAUGGCCUUCAUGUCCAGCAGGGAGAUGUGGAGAGCGACGGCAGAACACCCAGAGUUCUCCUCAGGGCCAACUCUCGGCCAGUGAACGGCGCUGCUUACACAACACCAGAAAAGAAGUCGUGUUGUUGA